ACGAACAAGUUAUAGUAGUGAAACAGUGCUAAGUUCGCUGUACGGUACUGCGCCGUAUACUGUUUACCGUGGAACUCGGGCUAGAUAUAGUCUAGUAUCUCAUUGUUGUGUGUCGUAAAACAUUAAACCGUGCGUGUUGUUUAGGGAAGUUUGUUCGAAUCAUCAAAGAACUAAGGAAGGUUGCAGCGUUAACGCCUAUCCGCUGCUUACAGCGGACGAUUUUACGCACACCGCUGCACAUUGUUCUACGAAUUGUGCUAGGAUGGAAAACCGCGUACUAGCGGUGGCCAGCAUUCUAUUGCUGGCAACUGCCGCCGUCGUCAGCUCACCAGUCAAACAACCAACAUCGUCAACCAACAAACAUCUGCUCGGCGCCAAGGAAUGCACCUGGGGACCGUCGUACUGGUGUUCCGACAUCAGAAACGCCAAAUCAUGCGGAGCCGUCUCGCACUGCAUCCAGACCGUGUGGGAGAAGCAGCAGUACCCGGUGGACAACGAUGAAAUCUGCAACAUCUGCCUGGACAUGGUGAAACAGGCGCGCGAUCAGCUCGAGAGCAACGAGACGCAGGCCGACCUGAAGGCCGUCUUCGAAGGCUCGUGCAAUCUGAUCCCGGUGAAGGUGGUGAAGAAGGAAUGCCGCAAGCUAGCGGACGACUUCAUCCCGGAGCUUGUGGAGGCUCUCGCCUCGCAGAUGAACCCGAACGUCGUGUGCAGCGUGGCCGGACUGUGCAACAACGCCGCGAUCGACAAGCUGCUGGCUGAGCAGCAGCCCGCCACCAAGAAGCCGACGUCGGAGACCGCCGAGGACGAGGAGGAGGCCGCGAAGGCGCUGCAGGACGAUGUUUUCACCUGUGAGGAGUGUGGUUCGAUUGCUGGCCACAUCGUCGAUCGCUUCCGGGCGUCAGAUCGGGAUCGCGUGCUGGAGGGCUUCUUGCGCAUGUGCGGCCAGAUGUCGUCCUACUCGGAUGGCUGCUCGAGCAUCGUGCUGACGUACUUCGGUGACCUGUACGGGCACCUGAGCCGCCAUCUGACCGCCGACUCCGUCUGCCAUCUGAGCGGCGUAUGCUCGGCCCGCUUCCACCAGCACGACGAGGAGAAGGAGAUCGAGGUGCGCCCGAUGGGUGGCGUCGGCGUGCUACCGGUGGCCGGUGCCGCGGGCGACGACAUCCCGUGCAAGCUGUGCGAGCAGCUGGUGGACCAUCUGCGCGACGUGCUCGUCGCCAAUACGACCGAGCUGGAGUUCAAGCAGGUGUUGGAGGGACUUUGCAAGCAGACGCACGGCUUCGCCGACGAAUGCAACAGCCUGGUGGAGCAGUACUACAGCCAGAUCUACGAGACGCUGGUGCACAACCUGGACAGCAACGGUGCGUGCUUCAUGAUUGGCGUCUGCCCGAAGGGAAACGCGGCGGCACUUAACGGCCCCAUCAUGCCCCUGCUACCGACCGCCGUCGCUGAGCAGCAUGAGCUGGAACAGACGAAACAGCAGGAGCGUCGUCCGUUGCUCGGCGAAAACGAACCCGUCCUUUCGGCGGUGGAAAUUCAGCAAGCUCAGCUCCCAAUCGAUCGCCUCAUGGGCGCCCCGAGUUCGAUGCAGCUGGUGGAGAACGGUAAGUUCUGCACCAUUUGCGAGUAUUUCAUGCACUUCGUACAGGAAGCACUGAGCGACCCGUCCAACGAGGACGAAAUAAAGCAGGUGGUGAGCGGCACGUGCAACCGGCUGCCUGCUUCGAUUCGCGCCGAAUGUCGUAGCUUCGUGGAUGUGUACGGCGAUGCGGUGAUCGCGCUGCUGAUUCAAUCGAUGGACCCGCGCCAGGUGUGUCCCGUCAUGCGCCUCUGCCCGGCCGCCAACGACGACAUCGAAGUGUUCGCGCCCACCCAGGUGGUGCAAAAAGCGGUGACGAUCGAGGCACACGCUACCGCCACCGGCAACGACAAGCCGACCUGCCCGCUUUGCCUGUUCGCCGUCAGCCAGCUGGAGGAGUCGGUCAAGACCGACCGCUCGAAGGACAACAUCAAGAGUGCGCUCGACAAGCUAUGUACGCACCUGUCGCCCAAGCUGCGCCUCGAGUGUACCGACUUCGUGGACACGUACACCGCCGAGCUGGUCGAGAUGCUGGCGUCCGACUUCACGCCCCAAGAGAUCUGCGUCUUCCUCAAGCUGUGCGUCGACCAGCGGCCCGAUCUCAGCCUGCUCGGUAUGGAACUCGACUACUACGACAAGCACCAGAAGCAGCAAGCGAAGAAGGAGCAGAAGCUUCCAGAGGCCGCCUCCGGCGACAUCGAAACGAACGAAAUCCCGGACAUCACCGUCAACGGGCAGAUCACGAUCGACCACACGCCGAUGGUCAGCACGCCCGAGUGUCUCGUGUGCGAGGAGAUGGUGAAGGAGGUCGAGAAGCGCAUCAAGAACAAGAAAAGCAAGGAUCAGAUCAAGGACGCGCUCGAGCACGCCUGUGACCGGCUGCGCAAGUAUCGCACGAAGUGCGAGAAGUACAUCGAUCAGCACAGCGACCAAAUCAUCGACCUGAUGCUGAAGGAACUCUCACCCAAGGAGAUUUGCCACGCGCUCGGCUUUUGCCUCGCAAAGGAUGUCGUUGAUGAGUUGGAAGUCGAUGAGGCAUUGCUCGAUUACGUCGUCGAGCCGCCGGCCAUCGUGGAACCGCCGAAAGAGCUGGGUUCUGGUUCACCGCUUGUUGCCCCAACAUCCGCCGCCACCGCCGCCAACGGUGUGGAGAAAAACCAACCGCCCCAAUGCGCGAUCUGCGAGUUCGUUAUGGUGAAGCUGGAAGCGGAUCUGGCCGACAAGAAGACUCAGGAGGAGAUCGAAAACACGGUCCGUAGCGUUUGCAGCCGACUGCCGAACACCGUCGCCAAGCAGUGCAGCAAGCUGAUCGACCAGUACGGCCAGUUCAUCAUCAAGUUCCUGCAGACGCUGCCGCCGGAGCAGAUCUGCACCAAGCUGGACCUCUGCGAGAAGGAGCUCGAAAUGCUGGAGAAAUCGGAAUUGGAAAUCGAGGAGUGUGGCGUGUGCCAGGGAGCGGUUGCUGCUCUGGAUGCUCUCAUGGGCAGCGAGCAGCUGCAGCAGGAACAUAUCGCAAAGAACGCCGAUCGCAUCUGCAACGAGCUCCCGCCCCAGUACUAUGACCAGUGCGACAAGCUGCUGUCGGUGUACGGUAUCAGCAUGUUGCACCAGCUGCAGAAGUCGAUCGCUCGUGAGCAGGUGUGCCUCAACAUCGACAUGUGCAGCGAGAUGAUGCUGACCGAGAACCCGGUGAUGGCGAGCAGCCGCGAGUUCGUCUCGCUGGAGUCGGACGAAAGCGUCACGGACUCGGCCGGCCGCAAGACGGCCUUCCUGCUCGGCUCGAACCGCUGCAGCUGGGGACCGAUCUAUUGGUGCAACAGCGAAGAAGCCGCCGAAGAGUGCAAGUCCAAGGACUACUGCAUGGAGCGUAAACUCGGCCUCUGGCAGCAGUAAUCGGGCUAGGCACGCCAAACCGAUGACCGUUGCAGUCGAGGGAACUGAUUUUAGUGAAGUAGAGAAAACAAUAGUUGAGCAAAACGGUGUAGGGAACGUGAAAGAGUGUUGUGCCGAAGAGGAGAGAGAGAAAGAGUGGGAGGGUGAGCGAGUAGAUGCUUAUAGCUGAGACCGGUGAAGGCAAAGAAAAACAAAACGAACGGAAACGAUACCAAGAAGUGCUAUUUUUAUAGAAAAUAAGUCAAAUUCACUACACGGCGACAGGGAUUAAGGGGUGAAGGGCACAACUGUUCCAAUAUCGUCAGUUCUCACCAAAUCGGCAACGCCUUGGCCAUGGUUGAAAAGAUGCUACUUUGUCCCACCCUGUCGGGGGAAUCAUGCUGAACGGUUCGAAAUCUUUCGGCGCGCUUGAGUUUGCUUGUAUCCUGUAUGUGUCCUUUUUUUCUCAAUGGAAACUCUGAGAGAAGGGGCACUACGCACGGGCGCACAACAAACUUUCGCGCGCGGAGGGUAGAUGAAAGAUGGUUAUACUUUAUUUGAUGAUGAAAGUGAAUAUUUUUUUAACAAAAGGAAACGAAAAACAUACUAACUUACAUUCUAAUCGUUGGGAAUGAAUCAGGCUGUUAACAUAAUUUAGUAACAUAAGUGAAUAACAAGAAUACACACAAAUAACCCCCCCACACUCUCCAGGCAGUAUACAAAUUAAUGGUGCAAAGAGUGCUGAUGAGGAGGCAGAAGGUGCAGGCAUUAAUGGAUUGGGAAACAAAAAUGUGCACCUCCAUAGCUCCCUAGCAGGAA